GCGGCCCCCACCGCGCGCUGCCUCACGGGUCUGGGCGGCGGGAGCGGGGGCUUGGCCAUCGUGGGGGAGCGGUAAUUAGAUGCAGUGAGGCGGAAUAGAAUUCGGUCUCAGAGCUCCAGCACCAUGCAGAGGGUGUCACGGCUGACAAGGGAGCUCUCACUCCUGGCCACAGAGCCACCUCCGGGCAUCACCUGCUGGCAGAACGGGCAGCUUGAUGACCUGCGGGCACAAAUUUUAGGAGGUGUGGACACACCAUAUGAGAAAGGAAUAUUCAACCUGGAAAUCAUAGUUCCUGAAAGGUACCCAUUUGAGCCGCCAAAGAUUCGCUUUCUGACCCCCAUCUACCAUCCCAACAUUGACUCUGCUGGAAGAAUUUGCCUGGAUGUUCUUAAGUUACCUCCGAAGGGUGCAUGGAGGCCUUCCCUGAACAUCUCCACCCUGCUGACCUCCAUCCAGCUGCUGAUGGCAGAGCCCAACCCUGACGACCCUCUCAUGGCCGAUAUCUCCUCAGAGUACAAGUACAACAAGCAGCUGUUCCUGCUCAAUGCCAGGGAGUGGACUGAGAAAUACGCAGGGCAGCUGAGGUUAAAUGUGCUCAUUCACCGAUAACUGCCAUGCUGCUCAAGGAGGAGGAGGGACAGAUGGAUCAACCCUUCCCAGGGAUCCUGCAGCCCUACCCUCCCUCAGCUCUGUUCCGUGUCCUCUUGUGCCUGAUGCCCACCUGCUCAUCCAUUCACUGACUAGUCUCCCUAUUCCCUGGUGGAGUUCAGCCUUCCUCCCAUCAUCCUUCCUCUCUUCCUGCCUCCUUUCAUCUCUGUCACCUCAGCAACGAGUCUUAUAAAAAUAAAAUCUCACUUAAGCAGAUCAAAACCUCUGCCCAAAAGUCAGUUACCUUUGGGCCUUCUCCCUUCCCUCCCUGCACCUGAUUUGGAUAACACCCUUUCUGGGAUGGGGAUAUGUUCCCUGUGGGAGCCAUGCUCACUGCAGCAGCUCUGAAUGCAUUUCCAAGUUAACUAUGGAUGUCAGGAGAGCACAGAGUGCAGCCGUCCCUGCAACAACACACAGAGCCCUGGAGUGACCUGGCUUAUCUAUGUGUGUUCUACGGCUCUGCUCAGCCAUUAUCUUGCUCUCCUGUCAUCCCCCUUCCUAAAAAUCCCAGCAGUGAGAGCAGAAUAAUGAAGGCUCACUGCGAAAGAGCCAGAGUACAGUUGUCUCUGACCUUGGUGGAGCACAGGUCAUUCCAAU